AAAGAAUUGGAAUCCAAUUCCAAAACCAACAAAAGAGAGUAAUUGUUGUUUUGAGUGUAAGUUAGCAAUGGCUGCUUCCACACAAUGUUUCUUGCACCAAUAUCAUGCACUAAGAUCUAGCCCUGCUAGAACAUCAUCUGUUCCAUCCCCUAAGCCUAACCAAUUGAUUUGCCGUGCACAAAAGCAAGAUGAUGCCAACAACACCAGCAACGCCGUCUCUCGCCGAUUGGCUCUUACUCUCCUCAUUGGUACUGCUGCCAUUGGUUCCAAAGUUUCCCCUGCAGAUGCUGCCUAUGGAGAAGCUGCAAAUGUUUUUGGUAAGCCAAAGGAGAACACUGAUUUCUUGCCAUACAAUGGAGAUGGAUUCAAGCUCCAAAUCCCAGCCAAAUGGAACCCAAGCAAAGAAAUUGAGUUCCCUGGUCAGGUUCUCAGAUAUGAAGACAACUUUGAUUCCACCAGUAAUCUCAUGGUUGCAGUCACUCCAACUGACAAGAAGUCCAUCACCGACUACGGCUCCCCUGAAGAAUUCCUCUCUAAAGUGGACUAUCUGCUAGGAAAGCAAGCUUACUUUGGUAAAACUGAUUCAGAGGGUGGAUUUGAAUCUGGUGCAGUGGCAACUGCUAACCUGUUGGAGGCAUCAAGCGCAACAGUGGGAGGAAAACAGUACUACUACUUGUCAGUAUUGACAAGAACUGCAGAUGGAGAUGAAGGUGGGAAGCACCAGUUGAUCACAGCCACAGUGAAUGAUGGCAAACUUUACAUUUGCAAGGCACAAGCUGGUGACAAGAGAUGGUUUAAGGGUGCCAAAAAGUUUGUGGAGAAUGCUGCCACUUCUUUCAGUAUUGCUUAAGAAUGGGAAAACUAAAGAAAACCAUUAUUUAAGUUUGUAUGUACUUAGUUCUUCCCCCCUCUACAAAACAUAUGGUCCUGAGAUGAGUUACUUAAUUGGACUUCUUUUUUGCUCUUUCCAACCAAUCCCAAAAAAGUUUUUAAACAUGUUUCAAAUACUGUUGGAGGAAGCUUAAUGUUAAUAAUUUCAUAUUUUCUUCACAUA